CCUAUUAAAGGCUUACUUAAUUACUUUAAUGACUCUGGACAGGCUUUAAAACGCACUCGGCGCUGGGACCGCGGGCUUGCUGGGAUUUGUAAACAGGCGAUCGUGUGAGACUCAGCGGUGGGACUAAAGGAAGCGACACUGUUUUGUGAGGGUCCUCGCCCCCCGGUGCCCGCAGCCACUGCGCCCCUGCGCUCUGCGCCGGCUAAGAGUGCAGGCGCUCGCUGGUCCGCCGGUUCCAGUUUCUCGCCUCCUCUUCUCCGAGGUGCCUGUUGCCAUGCAAAUGUUAUUCCUGGACGGAUCACGUGUCCUUUGAAGAGCCACGUGGAUUAACAAAGCUGAUCUGCCCCCACCUCGCCCCCCUCGGCUGCUAAAUUUUUUUUUCUUAACUUCUUUAAAACUGACCUUGAAUGCAUACAUGCUCCAAACGCAGAAUCCCUAAUCCUAUGGAAUAAUUCAGCUCGUGAGAAUGCACUUGCAGUCCUAGAUGGCUGCUUUAUAAAGGGAGCCCCCUCGGACCUGGGAGGCUACAGUCUACCUGGAACACUUGAAGAGGCACACGAGGUGGACCGUGGACGAGUGUCUCGCGCCACCGCCUCUGCCGAGGGCGCGCGCGCACACACACCAGAAUGUCUGACAGGCUCAAGGAACGCAAAAGAACCCCGGUUUCUCAUAAAGUGAUAGAAAAGCGAAGGAGGGACCGAAUUAACCGCUGCUUGAACGAGCUGGGCAAGACAGUUCCCAUGGCCCUGGCGAAACAGAGUUCCGGGAAACUGGAGAAGGCGGAAAUCCUGGAGAUGACAGUUCAGUACCUCAGAGCUUUGCAUUCCGCAGAUUUUCCUCGGGGAAGGGAAAAAGAGCUUCUAGCAGAGUUUGCCAACUACUUCCACUAUGGUUACCACGAGUGCAUGAAGAACCUGGUGCACUACCUCACCACUGUGGAGCGGAUGGAGACCAAAGACACAAAGUACGCGCGCAUCCUAGCCUUCUUGCAAUCCAAGGCCCGCUUGGGCGCCGAGCCCACCUUCUCACCGCUCUCGCUCCCGGAGCCGGAUUUCUCCUAUCAGCUGCAUCCAGUCGGCCCAGAGUUCCCAGGCCACAGUCCAGGCGAAGCCACAGUGUUCCCGCAGGGGGCUACCCCAGGGUCAUUCCCUUGGCCUCCUGGAGCGGCCCGCAGCCCAGCACUGCCUUACUUGUCCAGCGCGACGGUACCUCUCCCCAGCCCCGCACAGCAGCACAGCCCCUUCUUGGCUCCGAUGCAGGGUCUGGACCGGCAUUACCUCAAUCUGAUCGGCCAUGGCCACCCCAACGCCCUCAACCUGCACACGCCCCAGCACCCUCCGGUGCUCUGACACUCACUCAUUGGCCUAGAUUACUUUGCGAUUUGGUGGCGGCUUGAGACGAUGUAUAUAUGUUGUACAUGUGUAAAUAGUGUACUAACAAGAACUGGAUGGGAGAGCGUCAGGAGCGAAAUCGCCUUCUGAAGGACUUCCCCUACCAAUAAAUAUUUUUGUGCUAAAGACCAAUAAAUAUUUUGUGCUAAA